UUGUUCACAUAUAUAUUUUUAUGGUAAUAGAUAAAUAGUUGGUAUACUUUUAAUUAUAAAUAGAAAAUAAUUUCAUGAAUUGUGUUCCUUUUUAUGUUUCAUUUUUGUAUGGAUAGGUCGAAGGUUAUGGAAUAGACUCUCUGUCAAGUUUCUUCAUGAAUUACGGAUAUAAAAUAGGAGGUGGCCUUGAUUUUCCAAAGAAGAAACUACGAGGUCUCUGGUUUUCUCCUCCCGAUGUUAUCGUCCCCGGUGAUGGCCACGGCCUAGGCAACGGACCCUUACCCCGACUUGUUAUGGGUGAGAUUCUUGUGGAUGAACUAAGCCCUGAAUCACAGGAGAUAAUAAGGAAGUAUCUGAAACCAGAAGGUGGUAAGCAAGCCCUUCUUUCAAGUAUUCUUGGGUCUUUAAUAUGGGAGAAGCCAACAUGGAGCGAGUUCAAGCAAAUUGCCGAAGAAAAUGAAUUGGCCGCUUGGGCGUUUAUCAACGGCUACACGAUGAACCAUCUCGCAUUUGCUGUUCAUCGACUUAAACACCGUUUUAGUGACAUCAAAUGCAUCAUACAAUAUCUAGAGGAACAUGGAUUUGAUCUUAACCAUGACGGAGGAGUUCUCAAAGUGAGUACUGAUGGGCUACUGCUACAAGUGUCGUCGAUUUCAGAAAAGCUUCCAGUAGAAUUUGCAGACGGCGUAACCAAAUCAGUCCCUGCUUCAUACAUUGAAUUCACUGACCGCCUCGUUCUGCCACAGUUCAAAGAAUUGCCUUAUGAUCAGGCCCGACGCAUGACACAAUCAAGUGAAGCGAUGACUUAGGGCAUCAAAUUAAAGGGGGCAUAUAUUUUAGAAACUUUUUUUAGGGUCUUAUAUGUUAAAAAAAAUUAUAAGCUUUUUUUGAGAAAUAAAUUUGUUGGACUUUCCUUUCACUAUAUUUUAUGGACUUUAUGCAUUUAAAUUAAUAAAAUG